AUCCAUGUUUACUUUGAAUAUUGUUAGUUGUGCAUCUGAACUUUCUGAGCCACUUUCUGGGGGGAUUUUUUUGUUUUUCUAGCAGAUCCCAGCUCAGCCCAGAGAUGCUAAAAUGAUCCGCUCCAUCGCCAGUCUGAUCAGAGCAAAGAGUAAACUGCUGCUCCUCGAGAAUCCGGACACUGUGGAGAUCUACAAGCUGGAUGAGCCAACAGUUCAUCCCGACAGACGUGGAAAAGGUGACAUUUACCUCCCGGCCAUCACGACAACAACAAAGGCUUCGAGGCUAAAUUCAAUCCGAGGGACUCUGAGUCAGUCCUGUCCCUACCUGUACGACAAACGGAGGGGAUCUUUCUCCUCGGUUAUGUCUCAAAAAACAGAAAAUCACCUUAAAAAACAGAGCAACCUAAAGGCACAAAGGGAGGCAAAGAAAUCCAACGUCACCGUGACGAUGACCUACCUGGGACAAGGUCACCGGACUUCAACCCAGGAUGAGCUGAAGCUUCUCCAGCAGGUCAACGGAGGAGAGAACAUCUGCGUCUUUAAAGGCCUGGUGACUCCUGGAGAGCAGUUCCAGUUUGUGUCUCAGAGACACCGAGGUUACCCCUUCAGUGCUUCCCUGUACGUGAACGGCAUCAUGGUGGCCAGAAUCAGCUCCUGCUGCGAGUACCGCUACGCUCCGGGCUUCCAGCAGGGCAGGAAGAGCUGCUUCAGAUUGGCCUGGCUGGCUGGUGGGAUCCCCUGCUACAGAUGUACAAGUCUGCGAAACAAAUACAGCUCCUGCCAGCAACUAAACAAUGGCACAAAAGAGAACUUAAUUCUCCCUCUAGAGCAGAGUCCUGGCAAUGGCACGAUAGAUUCAUGUCCAUCAUCCCCCCUUUUUAUCCCAGCCAAACCUGUGAAAAAAUCAGCGAGGAGGACGAGAAAACACAUCAAAGAAGGCGGCGGCGCAUCCACGGACAGCGAAGACCUCGGCAUAGCUGGAAUUAAAGAGACCUCCAAGAAGAAGCGACACAAGGGUCAAACUAAUCAGAAAGAGAGCAAAGGCAAGACAGCUGGAAAUAACAGAGGGGAAGAGGGACAAGACAGCAAGGGCUCAGAAAGGUCAACAGUGGCAGAAAAAUCUGAAGAGCGAGUGCCGCCAGCCAGACGAGAGCAGAAACGGGACAAAACAUCCAGCAAUGUCGAGGAGCAGCAGCCAUCAAACAAGACAAGAAAAGCUGUCGAUUCAUUACAGGAUGAGGAAGCACUGACUAAGCAGAACAGAGAGAAACAGAAGGACCCGGGAUCAUAUGGGAAAAACAGAGAUGGGGAAAGACUGAAGGACUUCUAUGAAGAAUGUGUGGAAAUGAGUGCAGCAUUGAAGCAGGGCCCAAACAAACACCACUGGUUCAAGGCAAACAUCCUGGAGAGGUGCCGGCUCCAGAAGAGGCUGUCGACGUGCCCCGAAGCUCACGGCUCAGAUGUGGAGCUCAGUGCAGAAAGUGACACCAUCCAGCAGCCUGAUGGAGAGCCGGAGGAGGAGGAGGAGGAGGAGGAUGUGGCUGGCAAAGAACAGCCUGUUGAAGAACAAGACCUGCAGGCUCAGCUUGACGCCAUGAUGACGGUGCUGAGCAGGUCUGACGAGGUGGAGCAGCUGGUUUUAAGGAACACGGACCUGACGGACGACCUGCUGCUGAGCCUGGCGGCGGCGCUGAAGGGCAGCCCGUCGGAGGUCACGCUGCUCAACCUCAACCUGAACCUCAUCGGGCCCUACGGUGCUCACAUCCUGCUGGACGUCCUCCGAGUGAAGCCUCAGGUCAAAGGCUUGCACUUGUUUGGAAACAAACUGCGUGAUCACGGAGUUCUGACCCUGCUGAAUGGAAUCGCGGAGCUGCAGGAGCAAACGGCCAGAACUGCUGCUGCCAUCCAGCAGGCGAUGCUUUUCCCACCGGAGCAGUUACUGCAUCUGCCCACCGGGUGGAGCUCUUUCAGGGUUUUUGCUCUCCUGGAGCUGGACAUCGGGGGAAACGGCCUGAGCAGCGAGGGGGUGAAGGUGUUAGCAUCAUACGUGAGAUCCCACUCAUGUCUGCGGUACUUAGGGCUGGCUCAGACCAGUGGGGCAGAUCUGGCGGCAUGGAAGGAACUCUUCGACAGCCUAAAAGGAAACGGCUCGCUGACUCAGAUCAUCCUGGAUGAGAACAACCUGGGAGACCCCGGGGUGAGGCUGCUGGCCGACAUGCUGAGAGAGAACACGAGCGUGAGGCAGGUGGAUCUGGACAGGAACGGCAUCAGCGACGUGGGAGGAAAUGACAUCAUGGGCGCUCUGCUGUGCAGGAUGCAGUUUCCACUGAGGCACCUGAGCCUUCAGGAGAACGACAUCAGCGGCGGGCUGAUGAGCAGGAUACAGGAGGAAGUGAAAUAUAAAUGAAUCCUGCAGGACGCACAUGUAAACCACGAGGAACUGUAACGUAAACAAAGCACAACUCAAAAGAUUCUUUGUUUACAGUCUGAGGACGGAGAGCAACAAGCUGACUCAUUUGACUUGUUUGACCAUCAAACACGCUAAGAUCUCUUCCUUCCUAUGACUGGGUGGCCCCUGCUAGCAAAUGCUGCAUCUCAGUUUAGUCCAGGCAGGUAGUGUAGGAGGCAUGUUUGCUUUAGAGCUGCUCUGCGGUCUGGAUGCAUUUUCAAAGCGCUAUCAAUGAACUGAACCUUUCUUCUGUUCGGUGAGGUUACAUGUCCAACCUUGAUGUUUUUUUUCUUCCUCUUCUUCUUCUUCCCACCAGCGUUGCCCCUCAUGACUCCAAACCUACUUUGCUAAAAACCGACUCCGGCUCAAGGCUCACUGAUCCCUCUGUCAUCCUAUUGAAUAAUUUGCUGCCUCCUGACAAAAAAGAAACCACAGUGAUUCAUUCCACCCACAGAAUUUACAAGUGGAAGACUUACCCACAACAUUUCUCCUCUCCCAACCCAAAGACGUUACAGUAGCCAUCGUAUCGGAUCGCCUUUCUCCACAUCUACAAAUCAAAAGAGAGUCAUAGACAGCUAAGCCAUGCCACGUCAACCACCCUCAUUUUGUUGUUCUUGUCUCUUCAUGUGCCAGACAGAGCUUCGAUUCACAAUCUAAGCAUGAGCGAGAGAGACAGAGAGGGGAAAAAACAGCAAAACUAGGGCAAAUUCAUCUGAAUUUCGAGGCCGUCAUCUCAUUGUUCUAUCAACACAGACAUUCUGAGAAUAACUGUACCUGUGAUCAAAGCUUGUCAAAGUGGUAAUUAUCUCCUCCUCUCAGGGCUGCCAGUAGUGAUUCUGCUGAAACCAACCCGUCCAUAUUUCAUCUGCAGUCUUUGCGAAUUCCUUUCUGUGGAACCCUGAUAAAGACACUCCCUGAACCCCCAGGAGGAUGACAGAUAAAUGAGGCUGGCGUUCCUGAAGAUAGCAUCUGCAGAAGUUAUCCUGCUCUGCCGUCUCAGAUUUGAAUACGUUUCUGUUUGCAGUGUUACAAUUCAAAGCCUGUACAGCAAAAAAAUAAAAAUGUCUUUAUUUUAGGAAUCA